AGCAGCUGCAGGAGACGGAAGUGGUGAGAGCGCGGCCUCGGAGGGUCGGGCGGACGCCGCCUGGUGAGAAGCAGGCAGCCAGGACCCUCACCACGGUAGAAUGGCAAGAGAAGUAGCAGAUCUUCCAUCAGCUGGUUCACUCUCCAAAUGGCUGCAACAGCUAGGGCUGGGCCAGACCAAAGCCUGGAUCAAGAACUGCAUCCGGGUCUCCCACAUGGGUGGCAGGGGCCCAAGGACUUGGGCUGUCAUCCACUGCUUUCCCAGGGUGAGGAAGGGCCCCCCAGCCUGGAGUACAUCCAAGCCAAGGAUCUGUUCCCCCCCAAGGAGCUAGUGAAGGAGGAGGAGAGUCUGCAGGUACCCUUCACCGUGCUGCAGGGUGAGGGAGUGGAGUUCCUGGGCCGGGCAGCUGAUGCCCUCAUUGCCAUCUCUAACUACCGGCUGCAUAUCAAGUUCAAGGACUCUGUCAUCAACGUCCCCCUUCGGAUGAUUGACAGCGUGGAGAGCCGUGAUAUGUUCCAGUUGCACAUUGCCUGCAAGGACUCCAAAGUGGUGAGGUGCCACUUCUCCACUUUCAAGCAGUGCCAAGAGUGGCUGUCAAGGCUAAGCCGGGCCACAGCAAGACCUGCCAAGCCUGAGGACCUCUUUGCCUUUGCCUACCACGCCUGGUGCCUGGGGCUGACUGAGGAGGACCAACAUACCCACCUGUGUCAGCCAGGAGAGCACAUACGAUGUCGGCAGGAGGCGGAGCUUGCGAGGAUGGGCUUUGACCUGCAGAACGUCUGGAGGGUCUCACAUAUCAACAGCAACUACAAAUUAUGCCCUAGUUACCCCCAGAAGCUGCUGGUUCCUGUGUGGAUCACAGAUAAAGAGCUGGAGAAUGUGGCUUCCUUCCGCUCCUGGAAACGGAUCCCUGUGGUUGUGUAUAGACACCUGCGCAAUGGCGCUGCCAUUGCCCGCUGCAGCCAGCCUGAGAUCAGCUGGUGGGGCUGGCGCAAUGCUGAUGAUGAAUACCUGGUCACGUCCAUUGCUAAAGCCUGUGCCCUGGACCCAGGGACAAGAGCCCCUGGGGGCUCCCUCAGCACAGGGAAUAAUGAUGCCAGCGAGGCGUGUGACGCUGACUUCGAUUCCUCUCUGACUGCGUGCUCUGGGGUGGAGAGCACAGCGGCCCCUCAGAAGCUGCUGAUCCUGGAUGCGCGAUCCUACACAGCGGCAGUGGCCAACCGGGCCAAGGGAGGCGGUUGUGAGUGUGAAGAGUACUACCCCAACUGUGAGGUUGUGUUUAUGGGAAUGGCCAACAUCCAUGCCAUCCGGAACAGUUUCCAAUACCUCCGGGCUGUGUGUAGCCAGAUGCCAGAUCCCAGCAACUGGUUGUCGGCGCUGGAGAGUACCAAAUGGCUGCAGCAUUUGUCGGUGAUGCUUAAAGCAGCUGUGCUGGUGGCUAAUACAGUGGACCGAGAAGGCCGGCCUGUGCUGGUACACUGCUCAGAUGGCUGGGACCGCACACCACAGAUUGUGGCCCUGGCCAAAAUAUUGCUGGACCCGUAUUACAGGACACUGGAGGGCUUUCAGGUGUUAGUGGAGUCUGACUGGCUGGAUUUUGGGCACAAGUUUGGAGAUCGCUGUGGCCAUCAGGAGAAUGCAGAGGACCAAAACGAACAAUGCCCAGUGUUCCUCCAGUGGCUCGAUUCUGUUCAUCAGUUGCUUAAGCAGUUCCCCUGCAUGUUUGAGUUUAACGAAGCAUUCCUGGUAAAACUGGUGCAGCACACGUACUCUUGCCUCUAUGGCACGUUCCUGGCCAACAACCCCUGUGAGCGAGAGAAACGCAACAUCUACAAGCGGACCUGCUCUGUGUGGGCUCUCCUGCGAGCCGGCAAUAAGAACUUCCAUAAUUUCCUCUACACACCUGGCUCGGACGUGGUCCUGCAUCCUGUUUGUCACGUGCGGGCCCUGCACCUCUGGACAGCUGUGUACCUGCCAGCAUCAUCUCCAUGCACACUUGGGGAGGAAAACAUGGAUCUUUACCUUUCCCCAGUGACCCAAAGCCAGGAGUUUUCUGGCCGCUCUCUGGACAGAUUGCCUAAAACCAGAUCCAUGGAUGAUCUUCUUUCUGCUUGUGACACAAGCAGCCCCCUGACUCGCACAUCCAGUGACCCUAACCUGAACAACCACUGUCAGGAGGUCAGAGUAGGCCUGGAGCCCUGGCAUGGCAGUCCUGAAGGAUCAGAGACAACUUGCAUGGAAUCUGGGGUAGAAAGUCCUCAGCAGACUGCAGGAGAAACGGGCCUUCCUCCCCCUCUGCCCAACAGCCAGAAAGAUUACUUGAGCAAUAAACCUUUCAAGAGUCACAAAAGCUGUUCUCUAAAUUAUAAACUGCUUACUACCACAUUGACCCGGGAAGUGAAGAGCAACACCUCUGAUCCUGAGAUCAAAGUCCUGGAAGAGAUUAAGGCACCUGCUCAGGACCCUCCCACCCAGGAUGAGCUGGGUAGGACUUUGGACGGCUCAAGAGAGCCACCUGAACAUUGUCCUGAAGCAGAAGCUGUUAGUGUACUCUCAAAGGUCAUCUCUAGCAGAUGCGAUGGAAUUUGUGAUCUUCCUGAGUCUUCGCAGGACUCCCUUACGGGUGCCCCUCAACAGACCCUGCUAGAUUCUGGGCCAGAUGUGCCCUCUAGAUGUAUCCUGGAUCACAGCCUGAGCACUUGCCACAACCCACCGAGUGCUGCCUGCCAAGCUCCUCUGGGACAAAGCGCUGACUUCCUCAGCCAAGCCCCUGCAGCAUCGGGGGUGGGUGUCACUCAUCAGGAACAGCCCAUUUCUGUGCCAGAUCUGAUCCAUGCGGAGGAAGACACUGGCAAAAGAGGAAAUAAUAGGAACGGACAGUUAUUAGAAAAUCCUCGCUUUGGAAAAAUGCCAUUGGAAUUGGCCCGAAAGCCAAUUUCCCAGAGCCAGAUCAGUGAGUUCUCUUUUCUAGGGUCCAACUGGGACAGUUUCCAAGGGAUGGUUACUUCAUUCCCAAGUGGGGAGUCCACCCCUCGGCGGCUGCUUUCCUAUGGCUGUUGCAGCAAGAGGUCAGGCAGUAAGCAGACACGGGCAUCAGGGCCCUGCUUUGGCGGCCAGUGGGCUCAGAGAGAAGGUGUGAAGUCACCAGUCUGUUCUAGUCAUUCCAAUGGACACUGUACUGGCCCAGGAGGAAAACAUAACCGAAUGUGGUGGUCUGGUUACCCAAAGCAAGUCUCCAGCACGAAGCCUGUCCCGCUGAGCUGCCCUUCUCCAGUCCCUCCGCUCUACUUGGAUGAUGACGGACUGCCCUUUCCCACUGACGUAAUCCAGCACAGGUUGCGACAGAUCGAAGCGGGAUACAAGCAAGAGGUAGAACAGUUACGUCGACAGGUGCGUGAGCUUCAGAUGAGGCUGGAUAUCCGUCACUGCUGUGUCCCUCCAGCAGAGCCCCCAGUGGAUUAUGAGGACGACUUUACAUGUUUGAAGGAGUCAGAUGGUAGUGAUACCGAAGAUUUUGGCUCUGAUCACAGUGAAGACUGCCUUUCAGAAGCAAGCUGGGAACCUGUUGAUAAGAAAGAGACCGAGGUGACUCGCUGGGUUCCAGACCAUAUGGCAUCCCACUGCUAUAACUGUGACUGUGAGUUCUGGUUGGCCAAACGAAGACACCACUGCAGAAAUUGUGGGAAUGUAUUUUGUGCUGAAUGCUGCCACCUGAAGCUGCCCAUUCCUGAUCAACAACUCUAUGACCCAGUUCUCGUCUGUAACUCAUGUCACGAACACAUUCAAGCAUCUCGUGCCAGGGAACUCAUGAGCCAACAUCUGAAGAAACCCAUCGCUACAGCUUCCAGUUGAAUGCCAGAGGAGAUGACCUAUCCAAUUUUAGCAGGUUUGAAGGGAGGAUUGCUUCAGGUGUAGUUUGGAAGGUUCUCUGAUGUGUGGCUCAUGGAUUCAGAGCUCAAAGAUAGCAUCUUGAGAAAUCCUCCUUGGUACCAUGAGCCUGGAGCGGAAGAAUUGCAAUUUCACGGGAGGUCCUCUACGGGUGAGGCCCUCACUUUGGGGUAAUGGUCCUGAUCCAGACCCAGAGUCUGGGAGCUUAACGUUGAGUUGGUGACUCCAGCUUCUUUCUCCCAGGAGUCACAAGAUGAUGAUCUCAUAGAUACCGCCUGGUGCAAAGUGCCCCAAACAGCAAUAGAAAGGCAUAUGUAUAACAAAACUCCAAGUGGUAACCAGACCCACCCUCCACCUUGACAAAAGCAGACUAUACUCUACAAGACAGGAAUUCCUAUCCUCUUUGAGAUGAACUGUAUCUCGUCCCUCUGUGCUCUGUGUCUGUGCAUGAAGGCUCAGUCUUUAGAGGCGCUCCCUCUAGUUGCAUUCGUACUGUCUUUCUGUGGAGUUUGGUUUAAAGACUGGUUCGGCAAGUGGAGGUUUCGAUGUAUCUUUCACUUGGUUCAUCAGCCAGCGUCAGUGAUUAUUCGGUGUAGGGGGACAGUUCUAGGGAGUGAAACAUGAGGGAAAAAACUCUGCUGAUGAUCAGUCCAGGCCAAGGUCAUUUCCUCUGAGCUGUGAAGGUAGGCGUCUCUGUUACCCAGUGGCAGCUUUUGAGGUAUGCACUGUGAAGAAUGAGAAGGGAAAAGCAAAAGUUACCCUUGUGAAAUAUCUUCUGAUUGUGCCCUCCCCUUUGCACCUGACUUUUCCUAGUUGUCCUGGUGCUAACACAGGAGCUACACCUUGAUCCUCUCCUGGCAUGAAGAUAAAGCUAAGGUUUUUGUUGUUACUGUUUCAUGGCCCACUUCCCCCUUGUUGUCUUUCCCUUGGCUGCUGCCGCCUCUGGGUCACACUGCUUCUUAUCCUGAACACUUGACACCUUAAGGGUAGAAUUUAGUGUUUGGUUUUUACCUCCUAGAAUAUGCUGUUUGGCAUGUGAGGGUUUCAGUCCAAAUGCUGCUGUCUUUUUCUGUGCACUUAACAAUGGAACCCAAAUAGAAGAGAAUAAAGCCUUGAUACCAAAAUUGGGAGAGAAAAUGUGUCCAUUUGGACCAAACUUUUUUUUUUUCAAUCUAAUUAUGUACCCAUGGCACUUAACCAAAAGACAGAGUUGAUAUAGCCAUGUACUGUGGUUGGGACAGAUACAGUCUCCUUGGCCUAUAAUGAAACCACUAGAACAUCCUUUAUACAUUUUCCUUAAUUCAUUUGUGUAUAAAAGGCAAAUUACAUUUAAACUUAUCCUAUUUUAAAAUUAUGGUAGUGAGCUUUCUCAUUGCUACUUUCAUGUUGCAUUCUAGAAAAAAACCUUUUCGUUCAUUCCAAAAUAACUAGGAUCUGCAUUUAGAACAAGAAUUGUUAUUUGUCCUGACCUUUUCCUCAGUCCUACAGAGAAGCAUCUGUGCUUCUUUUAUACUUGCCAUGGAUGUAACCUAAAAAGUUUUGGCAUAUUUAGGUCAGCCUGGGAGAACUUUUUUUUUUUUUUUUCCAUUUAAAUGGAGUUGAAUAAUGAUUUUAUGUCUGGGAGAUUCCUGAGAUCAUUGUAAAAGUAAACUAUUUCUUGUCUCUGAUACAGAAACUUUUUUUUCAAUCAUUAAAAUGUACUGCCAGUUGUGAGUGGCUUUUGAAUUACCUUGACUUUGCACUUCACUCUGCCUGUUUUCAGGGGGAGUAGGAUUGGUAGCAAUUGGGAAGCUGUAUCUGUCUACUGUGUGUGGCUGUUUUGAGGGUCUGUCCCAUCAGUGAAUGAACUGCAUGGCCUUGGAGAGAGACUCUGGGUUCUUGGCUCAGAUUUGUUCAUCAAAUACUCCUUUCAGAGCUGUUGUGGGUGUGACAUGAUGUGGCCAAAAAUCCAAACUGUGCAGUUGCGUUGUGACAAACAUGCAAUGUGCUGUAAAAACUCAAUACAGUUGAAAUAAAAUCUCUAUAUUAGUGCUGC